AUCGCCGGCGACCGGACAAUUUUUGAAUUUCGUCCACUUUCCAGUUUAUACAUACCUAUUAUUAUUAUACUACUUAGGUGUGGAAUUCAUUGUGUGUUGUAAAAUAACACGAACAUAUUUUCUUAAUAGAUAAUAUAGUCAAUUAUUAAAUACUAUAGUUUAUAAGCGAUAUUACUGGACAGUCAGUAUAGUAUAGAUCUAUAAAAAGAUUUAAAAAAAAGGUGACAUACGAUUUGUCAUGAUUUCUUUACAAGAUCUCCAAGACUAAUUUACUAUAUAUUCUGGUCGUUGGUUAAAAAUGUCUGGCCAAAUCAAGCCAAUAAAUAAAUUGGACGUUCAUAAAAUAUGUUCUGGUCAGGUGGUAUUGAACUUGGCUACAGCAGUAAAGGAGUUAAUAGAAAACAGUUUAGAUGCUGGAGCCACUUCAGUUGGAAUAAAACUAAAAGAAUUUGGUAAAGAUUUGGUAGAAGUAACAGAUAAUGGAGCUGGAGUUCAUCCAGACAAUUUUGAAGGACUUGCUUUAAAACACCAUACAUCCAAAAUUCAAGAAUUUGCUGACUUGACUUCAGUAGAAACAUUUGGUUUUCGAGGAGAAGCAUUGAGCUCAUUAUGUGCUUUAAGUGAUGUAACAGUGAACACUAGACAUUCAUCACAAGAAUGUGGAAUUAAGUUAGUGUUUGAUCAUUCAGGAAACAUUAAACUGAAAGUCCCUAUUGCUAAACAAAUUGGAACAACUGUUACCUUAUCAAAUUUAUUUUCUUCAUUACCUGUAAGACAUAAAGAGUUUCAUCGAAAUUUAAAAAAAGAAUUUGGAAAAAUGAUCCAAGUUGUGACUGGUUACUGUUUAGUUGCUACUCAAGUGAAAUUAUCGUGUGUUAAUCAAACAAAAUCUUCGAACAAUGUUCUUCUAUCAACACAUGGUAGCAACACAGUAUUAGAAAACAUAUCAUGCAUUUAUGGUUCUAAACAAGCCAAUAGCUUAUUAGUUUUUAAAAAAGUCAUUCCUGCAGAUGAAGAAGAUGAUAUAUCAAAUAUUUUUGAACUAGAUGGUUAUAUAUCUAGUUGUGAUCAUAGUGGAGGGAGAAGUUCUAAGGAUAGACAAUUUUAUUUCAUUAAUUCAAGACCAUGUGAACCUUUAAAAGUUAUAAAAACAGUUAAUGAAGUUUACCAUCAAUACAAUCAAAAUCAAUAUCCAUUUGUCUACUUAAAUAUAACAAUUGCAAGAACUGAAGUAGAUAUUAAUGUGACACCUGAUAAAAGACAAAUAUUUUUGUCAAAUGAAAAUUGCUUAGUCUCAAUAAUUAAAGCCAGUUUAAAUAGAUUGUUUGAAAAUAUUCCAUCUACUUACAAGAUUAAUACAUUGUUGUAUGAAUCAAUCUCAACUAAAAGACCUUAUGAAUCAACUACAGAAAGUAAAAAUUGUAAAUUACUGAAGUUGGAUGCAAGUAAUGAUUAUGAAUGUAAAGAAGCACCUAGUCAUUCAGAACAAAUUAAAGCUAAACUUAAUAGAUGGAAAUCUGAUAAAUCUAAAAUAACAGCAGUUCCUGAAACUAUAGAUAUAUAUUUUAAAUCAAAAGUUGAACAUAUUGAUGAUGUUCAAAAAAAUAGUACUGAGGAACUAAUAGAAAACAAAGUAUCCAAUAGUCCAUUAAAGUGUACUGACACUAUUGAAAUCAAUGACAAAAAUGAAAAUACUGAUAAACAGAAACAAGAAAAGAUUAAAAAUGAUGAAAAAAAUUUCACAUGUAUAAAUAAUUCAAUUAGUGAAAAUAUAAAUGAUAAUAAAUUUUGUUUAAAUAAUGUUGCUGAAAAAUCAAAUACUGAAAUAGACAUUAAGUACAAUUCAAUAAAGAUGAGUGAAAUAAAAAAUGUAUCUGUUGAAGAUAUUAAUACUUAUGAAUUGUCAAAAAUAAAAACUAAUUCUAGCAUAGAAAUAGACACUUCUAUAGCACCCGAGAAAAGAAAAUUUGCAGUAGUUGAAACUAACCUUGAACAAAUUAAACAAAGGCUGAGAAAUUUAAGAUUUCAAACAUCUGAAAAACAGAAAACAAAAACAAGAUUUUAUGCAACUAUUGAUCCAAGUAAAAAUCAGCAAGCUGAAGGUGAAUUAAGUAGAGAAAUUUCUAAAGAUAUGUUUUCUAAAAUGAAUAUAAUUGGUCAAUUUAAUUUGGGUUUCAUCAUUACCAAACUUGAUGCUGAUUUAUUUAUAGUUGAUCAGCAUGCCACUGAUGAAAAAUAUAACUUUGAAACAUUACAAAAUAAAACUAAAAUCACAAGCCAAAAAUUAGUGGUACCUCAGCAGUUAGAAUUAACUGCUGUUAAUGAAAUGAUAUUAAUGGAAAAUAUACAUAUUUUUCAAAUUAAUGGAUUUGAAUUUCAGUUUCAGCAUGAUGCUGAACCAACAAAAAAAGUUAAGUUAACUAAGAUCCCAAUGAGUAAUAAUUGGAGUUUUGGUAAAGAGGAUGUUGAUGAACUUUUGUUCAUGUUACAAGAUGCACCAAAUACUCUCUGUAGACCUUCAAGAGUUCGUUCAAUGUUUGCUUCUCGUGCUUGUCGUAAGUCAGUUAUGAUUGGUACAGUAUUAAACUUGAGUGAUAUGAGAAAACUUAUUGACCACAUGGGAGAUAUUGAACAACCUUGGAAUUGCCCUCAUGGAAGACCAACAAUGAGACACUUAGUUAACCUUUCAUUACUAAAUGUUAAUUGAGAAUGAAUACAUACUUUGAGAAUAAUAUUUAUUUACUAGUACAUAAAAAAUAUGAUAACACAAUAGAUCAUAAAAAUUUAUAAAAUCAAAUUGACAAUAAUAUAUUUUUAUUCAAAGAUUUUAAA